AUGGAAGAAAUGGGUUCGAGUCAAGUGAAAAGCAAUUCCAAAUCCAGUUUGAUAGAGAUGGUUUGUAAUGCUGUCGUGAACCUAAACGAAACAAAUGGCUCUACUCCAAAGCAAAUAAUGGGCUACAUAGAGAGUAACUCACCGGACCCACACCCAACCAAGGCUCAAGUAAGAGCUGCACUCAUGUUUGCACUGAGAAAUGACCAGCUCGUCCGAACAGAAUUGGGAAGGUACAAGAUAGGAGAAAAUGAAGAAGACAAGUGUAGAAGAAAAUGUACUCGAAUGUGGACUCCAAAAAAGUUGAGCAAGAAAAGAACAAGAAGAUCAAAAAGUAGAUCAAGCUUGUGUAAACCAAGGAAGUCCCGUAUCCAUAGGAGUAGAAGCAGCAGAUGUAGUAGGCCCAGACGUGUUAGAAAGAUGAGCAGAAAAAACAGAAGAUGUGGAAAAAGCAGACGGCAUAGACGUUCCAGGAGUGGGAAAAGAAUAAGCAGACGAAUGAGGAGAUUCGGCGGGAGGAGCAAACGAAGGCAUAGUAGAAGGAGAAGAAGUGCGAAAAGAAGUUGCAGAAAGUCUAGCCAAAGAAGUCAGAGGCGACACCGAAGAAGGGUGAAACGCUGCAGUACUUGCACAAAAAUGUGGACGCCAAAGAUGAUGAGUAAGCCUAAGAGACGAGGUGGAAAAAGAGGGAAGAAAUAUGAGGAGCAGGGGCAGCCUCAACCAAAUGAGGAUACAAACACCACUGCCACCAGUUAG